CCUCUCCUCGACUCCUCCUCCCCUUCACCGUGUAUCCACGCACGCACUGACACACGCACGCACCAGCCACCAGCUCACACUCCCUGCUGCAGCUCGCCAACCCUAAUCCCCCUCCAGCUCGGCGCAGUCGCUCUCCGCCCGCUCCACCCCUCGCCGCUGGCACGCGCAGCGCCGUGGGAGGUGGGACCCUAACCCGCUCGCCUCCGGCGGACUCGGCGUCGAGGUCGUCUGCGCUUUCAGAUCCAGUGAUUCCGGCGGGAUACCGAGGUGAGGCGCCUGCUAGAGCACUUGAGACGACGCGCUUUUGAUGUAGUUGUAGUGUCUGCCGGUCACCAGCACAGCAAAUCUGCGACUAAUCGCUACUGCCUCCAAUGCUCCUGCGAUUCGAAGUACUGCACUUCAACUUUUGCUGGAACUGAGGACCUUGUGCGCAGAGCCUCAUGCUUGCACUUGUGUCUUCAGCUUAAAGUAAAUGGAGAGUUCCAGCUCUGGUUCUUGUCGGCACGGUGCAGUGUAUUGUUGUUCUCUGCUGUUUGUGGUUUGGCUUUGUGGCAGUCAGCAUGUUCUGUCUCAGAAGACAACCCUCAAACCGGAAGAUAAGUUCCUUCUGUCUGAUCCACCUAUUGGUCUGUUUGAUCCAAUAGAGAUUUCUCCAUCCGUUCUUCCACACAAUGCUAACCCAGCUGAGCCAGUGUCACCAAUGUAUCCAAACUAUACGUCCUAUGAUCCGAUCUUGACUGGAAAAUGCCAUGUGAACUUUUCUGAGCUCUCUCAUAUUAUGGGCAAGACAGCAUCCGAUUGCACCGUUCCUUUAGCACCACUAGUUGCUGAUGUUAUAUGUUGUCCCCAAGUUAAUAGCUUGAUGAAUAUUUUCCAAGCUGCAUAUGGUGGUGGAAACAAUACGCUUGUUCUCAACCAAGCAUCAGCGAAUGCAUGUUUCUCUGACAUUAUGAGCAUACUUGCAAGUAAAGGGGCAAACACCAACAUCCCUGAGCUAUGUACCCUUAGGCCAACAAAUCUUACUGAUGCUUCUUGCCCUGUGAAUGAUGUUAGCUCAUUUGAGAGAAUAGUUAACGCCAGCAAGCUCCUAGAUGCAUGCAGCAGCGUUGACCCACUGAAAGAGUGUUGUAGGCCAGCUUGCCAGCCAGCAAUAGUGGAAGCAGCGGUUCAUCUAUCCACAGGCGGGGCAAGCAUGUUUGGAAGUUCUAGCAUACCUGGAAGUGCUACCGGGAUUAAUGUUGUUAGUGAUUGUAAAGGGGUAGUUCACUCCUACUUAUCUAUGAAGCUUUCUUCAGAAGUGGUGAAUACUGCUUUCAGAGUAUUAUCUGGUUGCAAGGUGAACAAAGUUUGUCCACUGGAAUUUGAUGAUCCUUCCUCAGUCGUUAAGGCAUGCGGCAAUGCAUCGUCUCCAAGGCCAUCAUGUUGUGCAGCAUUGCAUUCUUACAUUGCAACUAGGCAGAAGCAACUAUUUGUCACGAAUUUGCAAGCAAUUAACUGUGCAACAAUGUUUGGAUCAAUGCUACAGAAAGCUGGUGUGGGGAAUGAUAUUUAUGGGCUAUGUGAUAUUGACUUAAAAGAUUUCAGCCUGCAAGCUUUUGGGCAACAAGGUUGUCUACUUCGGAGCUUACCGACAGACAUUGUAUUCGACAACAUUACUGGCAUUAGCUUUACGUGUGAUCUGAGUGACAACAUUGCAGCACCAUGGCCAUCCUCGUCGUCUCUUCAAUCCUUGUCGCUUUGUGCACCAGAAAUGUCAUUGCCUGCAUUGCCAGUCUCACCCUUAUCGGGAAGCUCAGGUAUCUCCAGAACUGGAAUUGGGAUUUUCCUGCCACUUCUGCUCUUCACCACGAUCAUCUCUAUCUGAGAAAACGCUUAAUGUAGCGAGCCAGGAGCAUCUUACCCUGUUUGUAAUUUUCCCCGCUGUGCAGGCCCACGCUGUAAAUUAAAUUACAUUGCAUUCUUGUAAAUGAGCCUUUCCCUUUUCUGCUCCAUUUUGUCCAGUGGGUAGCAUUGUCAUGUAUGUGCUAGAGAGGACUGUUGUACCUUUUGAGACCUGAACUCUGAAAGUAAAAUUUCUAGAUUUUGCCUGGGCACUA